AAAUUUCCAGUACUAACAUUAGCAGUAAAUAUCGGAACGCAGCCGAAGUAUGUAAAAUAAUUAUCUUCAACACCGCGCGGUAUCAAAAACCAUAUCAACGAUUAUGUCAAAAUAUUCUAGCGAUUCAGAUUCAGAUCACAGUAGCAGAUAUCGUAGGAGACGAAAUCGAAAAUCGAGAUCUAGUAGCUCGGAUACCAGCGAAUCCUCACCGCAUCGAAGGCGAUCAACGAAACAUUCAAAAGCAAAACGUAGACAUCGUUCACAUUCCAGAAGCAGAGGAAGAGAUCGGAAUCCGAAGAGUCGUAAAGGAUUCAGGAGCAGUCAUUCCAGAGAUCGAGACAAAAGACGUUACCAUUCCAGCACAGGCAGAUCAAACUCUUCAGAUCGCAUAAGAAAAAAAGGCAGAUCCACUUCCAGGGAGAAGUCACAAAGUCCUCCCGGCAGUUCACAGUCAAAUCAACCAAAACUUAAUAUAGAGAAAAGCCAAAUUGCGGUGACAAAAGAUGAUUUUCCAAUUGAACCACGUUUCAAAGAAGGAGUGCUAGAGGAAAUAAAUGCUGAGGGUUUCACUCCUAAACAGUUUAUUUCAUCCGCCAGUAAAGAGAACAAAUUUAAGAAUAUCGUUAUAGAUAUUAACUCGGACACUAUACAAAUCCCAUCAGUACCUACUGUUUCUAGAAGUCCAGAAAGCAUAUUUCACACAUCAAUUAGGAUGGAUCAAGAAGCAAGAUUUGAUAGGUGGGUGAAAAAACUCUACACUCUUAGACAAAAAGCUAUAGCUGACUUGAUGCAUCCAAGUGUUAUUUAAUUCUUUUGUAAAUAUUAGCAUAUUAAUUUACAAAAAAAACAACUUUUUUAAAUAAGCUAUGAACAUAUUUGUUCCUAGUGCUAUAACUAUUAGCAUAUUUAUAACGGAGAUUAUAAAUAAAUUCGCAUUAAACAUAACUUUAUAUUAAGUAUGUACACAGAAAAUAAAAUAAAAACAGUAAACUUAAUUUAUAAAAAGAUAUCUGAUAAGAUAUUUGAUUGUAAAAAGAUAUAUGUAUCAAUACAUGUUUUAUUUAAAUACAUUCUAUAUAGUGCGUUCAUAGUAUGACCACGAUAUGAGCAUAUCGCUUUUACUAUAAAUAAUUUAAAACCGAUUUGUUUUACACAAAAUUUCAGCUGUAAAAGACUUUGGUUCGACAAGUAUGUAAAAAUAUCUGAUUGAAUUACAUUGAUAUCGAUUAUUUGUGUGUGUACAAUUUAUUUUCUGUCGAAAUGUUUACAAUUAAACUUACGUCUACAAUUUCACAAAUUUGACGUCUGAUUCUAUAAAAAUAAAUGAGACAGCGCUUCUUCUCUAAAUGCAAUAAUGCGAUAGUGGGCCGUGGAAACUUAAUAUAUGUAUAUAAUCGCAAAACUGGAAAAAGGAAUGGUGCAGUUUUUAUGAAUUAAAUUUUAAAUGCGUACCUUGCCGAUGGAAUUACACACAUCGAUUAAACUGAAUAUUAACGAAACAUGUCGAAAUUUUAUUCUUGUAUUUAAAAGUGACGGAUUUAAUUACUAUUAUGAAUGUUACAUAUUUGCUACACCAGUGAUUAAUCUACACACCUACAGACACUUAAAACGCAAGACUUAUCUGCUACAUUGAUUCAUAACACACACGUACAUAUGUAUGUGUGUUGUAAUAUUGGAAUUAUUACUAAUAAAAGGGAUUAUUCAAGCACUCGGUUUACAUUAGUAUUUAUGUAUGUUAAUUGUAUACGUAUAUGCAUACAUUUCUCCAUAAAACCAGUUAAAUUGUUCACACAAAAAAAAAAAAGAAUUCCAUCGGUUUUUACGUAAAUAUCGAAAACUUCGUCUUUACGCUAAUCUACUCAGAAAUAGAA